AACUUAAUUCGUACGAGACACUGAUAAGUUAUUGAACUUGCAUGUUUUCGUCUAAGGAUUUUGGGAUAAACGAUAGCAUUGACUUUUAAAAAAUUUAUAUACUUUAGCAAUAAUAAAAGAUUGUAAAUAACAAUAUGAGGCUUUGAUUAAAUUUAUUCAAAUUUGCCAAAUCAUGUCAUUGAUGAAUUUUGUCAGGACAGGGGCCAUUCUUAAACGCGGUUUUCAGACACCAGCGAUCAGUGAUACAGUCCUUUCAAGAACAAACAUUCAACUAUGGAAGGAAAAGAUUCACACAUGGCUUAAAGAUAGGAAACUUUGUGUGAAGUCAAGAAUCAGGUCAAAUUUUCAGUCAUCAAGACAGGAGACACAGGGGCAUCAUCAUGUGGAAAACAUUGUUAUAUUUUCUAGUCUCUCCAUUGGAUAUUUUGUGAUCAAAGGAGCUGGUUUUACUUUAGAAUGUAAGGCACAUAACCAUAAAUCUUCAAGAUUAGUAAACUCUGAAGAAGACACGAAUAAAAAGGAUGUACCAUUUGACUGGAAACAGUUGUUUGAAUUACUAUGGUUGGAUAUUGUAUCUCUUUCAGUAGCAAUUAUAUGUGCCCUUGCCGCAGCUCUUGUCAAUAUAAAGCUGCCAUUGAUGGUAGGAGAUGUUGUCAACGUUGUUUCCAAGUUUGCUAAAGAUUCCACAGGUGAUUUUAUGGCAGAAAUAAAGAAACCAGCUCUAAAAUUGAUUGGAACAUAUCUCAUUCAGGGUGCUCUUACAGUGUCAUAUAUUUCCCUUCUCUCUAAUGUUGGUGAAAAUCUUGCAGCUCGGCUCCGCGUCAAGUUAUUUGAUUCCUUACUGAGACAAGAUAUACAGUUUUUUGAUAAACACAAAACUGGAGAACUGGUAGAUAGGUUAACAUCUGAUAUACAGGAUUUUAAAUCAUCUUUCAAACUUUGUAUAUCUCAGGGAUUACGUGCAGUAACUCAGACGGUCGGAUGUAUAGGAGCGUUGUGGAUAAUAUCGCCUAAACUGACCGGAAUUAUGUGUGUAGUUAUACCAGUGAUCAUCGGUAUCGGAACAUUUAUGGGCAACGGUCUCCGAUCUCUGUCCAAGUCUGCGCAAGCUCAGGUAUCUAAGUCAACAGGGGUAGCAGAUGAGGCACUAGGAAAUGUUAGAACUGUUCGGGCUUUCGCAAUGGAAGGCAAAGAACAUGAAUUGUUUUCCCAGGAAGUUGACAUGGCUCGGAAGUUGAAUAUCCGACUUGGUGUGGGUAUAGGAAUGUUCCAAGGUCUCGCAAAUAUAGCUUUAAAUGGUAUAGUGUUGGGAACUCUCUUUGUUGGAGGACAGUUUAUGUCUAGAGGGGACAUAACAGCUGGAGAUCUUAUGUCUUUUUUAGUGGCCACACAAACUGUUGAAAGAUCACUUGCUCAGAUGUCAGUACUGUUUGGUCAAGUGGUUAGGGGCAUGAGUGCUGGAUCUCGAGUAUUUGAGUACAUUAACCAUGAAUUUAGCAUUCCACUGGAGGGUGGGAAGAAGAUUGCAUUUCAUGCUCUACAAGGUGAUAUAGAGUUUACUAAUGUACACUUCAGUUAUCCCACACGCCCAGAACAGGAAGUGUUGAAAGAUUUUAGUUUGAAAAUACCUCAUGGUAAAACUGUGGCACUGGUGGGAUCAUCAGGGGGAGGAAAGUCAACUAUAGCAGCACUAUUGGAGAGAUUUUAUGACAUUGAUUCAGGAAAGAUAACUAUUGAUGGCGAAAAUGUACGUGACCUUGACCCUAGUUGGCUUCGAGGUCGGGCUAUUGGAUUUAUUAAUCAGGAACCAGUUUUAUUUGCUACUUCUGUGUUAGAGAAUAUAAGGUAUGGCAGACCAGAUGCGACAGACAUUGAGGUAUUUGAAGCAGCAGCACAAGCCAAUGCCCAUGACUUUAUUGUUGGAUUCCCCAAUGGGUAUAAAACUGUGUUAGGGGAGCGAGGAGUGACCGUCUCUGGGGGUCAGAAACAAAGGAUUGCCAUAGCAAGGGCCCUAAUUAAAAAUCCAUCAAUCCUUAUACUAGAUGAAGCUACAAGUGCACUAGAUGCUGAAUCUGAGAGAAUAGUACAAGAAGCUUUAGAUACAGUAUCUCGAGGGCGUACUGUCCUGGUGAUAGCUCAUAGAUUGAGUACUAUACGAGAUGCCGAUGUUAUAGCAGUAGUAGCUAAUGGCAAAAUUGUGGAGAUCGGUAACCAUGACAGUUUAAAGAAGAAGAAAGGACUUUACUGGGAACUUAUCCAACAACAAGAGAUUGAAGAGGAAAUACAGCAUUUUAAAUUCUAAAAUUUUGCUACAAAAAUAUUUAUAAAACUUUUUGUAAUAUUUAUAUAUAAUAUUUUUAGAAAAUAAGAAGUAAUGAACAGUUUUGAAGUAUAUUAUGUGUUAUUAAUUCAUUGUGCCGGAAUAUUAAAUAAGAGUAUUAAAACA